AUGACCAGGAAGCUGGAUUCCAUCCCAUACGAUGUGUUCUACCAGAUCGCCUCGAGCCUGGACUGCGAUGACUUUGUCAAUCUCAGUCGAGUCAAUCGGGCGCUCCAUUCGCUGAUGCGAGAGGAUUCGAUUGCACGAAAGACAAUCGAGAGUAAUCUGCUGCACACGAAGGAAGGCCAAGAGGCGUACCGAGCCAAGUCGGGAUAUCGCAGAGCAGUUGGUCAUCUGUUUGAUAUCAAGGAGGCUUUCGCUACCGCUCAACCAUAUUCGGCGUCGGUCUUAGCCUACGGGACUGCCUUUCUGUACAAACAUGGCUCUCUUUGCUACAUCCACAAUAACGAGAUCCGUGCUCUGAACGUGCACAGUGUUGAUCGCGUGGAGCAGGUUCUGAACAUCCCCAAAGUCAUCUCCCGCGCCAUCCCUGGCUGCGAUCCGUUGCGCUAUACCAUCCGGGUUUCGCUCCUCAACUACAGUGACGGGAUUCUGGCGUUCUUGGUAGAAAUGGGCGAAGGGCUUGAGGCUUGGCUCCUUGCGGUCGAUAUGCGAAGAAAGACAGACGGCAGGAGCGGCCGUCUACGUCUCCGAGCGCCGCUACGGUCUACGCGGCGAUUGUUCGUCCGACACAACAAGUCCUAUCUGUACUACGGCGCGCAAUCGGCUUUGAGCCAUCACGGGUAUCCGCAAUGGGCAAUCCACUGCGUUGAUCUGGCUACCGGACGGCACGUCACCGACAAGCCCGUGGAGCUGGAGAAGCUCGUGGGUAAUGAGAUCGGCCAAACGGUCUGUUUCGAGGUGUACCAGGACCACCUGUACGCCGUGUCAACGCUAGUCGAUUUCGAAGAGGAAGAAGUUGACUGGACCUCUCUGUACAUGUAUACCUGCAUCGCGCCUCGCAGGAACCCGGGGAUAGUAAAGCUCGCCGAUGAAUGGCGUCGACAGCACCGCGAGGGCCCUAUUAACGAAAGCUGGUCGGAUCUCUCGCUUCGAGUAGACGAAGCCACCAACCAACUCAUGAUCCUGGAGUGUCGGCGUGAAUGGCGCAACGGAGGCAGUGAUAAUUGCCGCACGUAUUACAUGACGCCUCUCCCGUCGCCUGCUGAAUUUCCUCGGAGUAAGCGACCGGAACACCGUCCAUCACAUAGCUCCAUGGCUGUGAAAUUACCGGACGAUCCCUUAACAAAGACACUAGAUUCAUCCGAUAAGCCGAUCUACCAACAGGGCCGGAAACGACUACGCAGGUACUACCACUCAGAAUACCCACUGGACAGGGACGAUGAUGGUCACAGCAGCAACAGCAGUAACAGCAGCAACAGCAGCGGCGGCAAUAGCAGCGGCAACAGUCCCGGCAUCUACACACCGCAACAACACCCGCGCCACGACUUCAUCCUAGCCAAAACCAAAUUCCGCACCUACAACCUCUCCGCCUCGAGCUUUGUCGAUCUCGUCACCGACUCCCAACCGUCACGCCAAGGCAGCCACAUCACACACGAUCGCCUCCGCCUCCGUACCGUUUCGCGCAAACGCAAGAGCCCCAUCGAUGACUCCAGCAAUAUGCUUUACCCACCCGACCUCCAUGACGAGGAAGGGAGCCUUCUCGAACACAGCGAGGAGCGCUUCGCCACCCGCGGAGUCCGCAUGUGGCCACCCGACGACGCGCCUGCGGAGCUGACCCGUCUCCUCUGUCCGUCCACUCGGGUCGGGAAAAUCCACGCCUCCGCUGAUGAACGCUCGCUUGUCUACGCCGUGAACCAAGAUGGUCUCUCCAGUGGCGUUCAGGCUAUCGUGCUCAUCAAUUUCGAUCCGACCAUCCGGCACCCGGGUCUGAGGUGUCUCGCUGACAAGACGGACGACAUUGAGCCUCUGCAAUUGUGUCCGCCUCCGCAAGUCGGAGACUCUCCUCAGGAGCGCCAGGCGGUGCCAUCUGUUCGGGAGGAGCCGGCCAUGUAUCUCAGCAUUAAUCAUGGAUAUUGGCUUCGGUGA